AUGGAGGGAUUCAAAAACAAGGAUGAGAAUUUUGAAAUCAAGUCCUUCUUUGAUUCGAUGGCCCGUGUCAUGCCCCAAGGUUCGGUCUACAAGGAUGUUCCACAUUUCAUCAACGAAAAUGGAAAUUACAUUUUCUGCAGAUAUUGGGAACCUAAAACACCGCCCAGGGCUUUAGUGAUGAUAAUACAUGGUGCAGGCGAACACAGUGGCCGCUACCUAGGAAUCGCUUCGAUGUUCACAAAGCACUCCCUGUUCGUAUUUUCACAUGAUCACAUUGGCCAUGGGCAGAGUGAAGGCAAACGCAUGAGUGUGCCUCAUUUCAGGGUAUACAUCCGGGACAGCUUGCAGCACUUUGACAUGAUGGUGAACCGUUACCCAAACCUAAAGGUUUUCAUACUCGCACAUGCCAUGGGAGGUACGAUUGCAAUCUAUGUAGCGAACGAGAGACAGAGCUAUAUUGCUGGGGUGAUUUUUAUAGCUCCCUUGGUGUUAUUGAAUCCUGAGUCAGCAACUCCUGCAAAGAUGUGCUGUGCCAGAGUGUUGUAUCACAUCAUGCCAAAUCUAACCUUGGGAUACAUUGAUCCUCAGUGGCUUUCCAGGGCACAGAAAGAGGUGAGGAGCUAUGAAAAUGAUCCUCUCAACUAUCAUGGACCUUACAGGAUGAAAUUCACUGUUUUGGUGUUACAAGCGGUGGCCAAACUCGAGAAGGUUUUGCCCACCAUCACUUGGGCAAUGCUGAUUUUACAUGGUGAUGCAGAUAAACUGUGUGACAUCAGGGGCUCCUUCCUCCUGUACAAGAAGGCAGCCAGCUCGGACAAGACAUUGAAGAUCUUCAAUAAAUGUUACCACCAGCUCCAUCGAGAAAUGCCAAGAGUCACUGCGGAAGUGUUUCAAUUGAUUGGAAAGUUUAAAGUGCAGACCUGGAGUACAGAAGACAAAAACUAUUCAUCAAAAGAGAAAAAAAGCCUGAAUUUUGCAAUUGUAAGGACAGUGAAACUCUCAGCGUUUGCCAUCAUUACUCCCUUGAAGCUGACAGCACCUCCUGGAGUCUGCACAUGUGAUGUUAAACACGGAGAUCCAGAAGUUGCUGUUGGUUCUACUUCAAUACUUCCCAGAGGGUGUGCUGUUGAAGUCCCUCUAGAAUACAUCAAUGAGAAAUCACUGGACUGA